GGCCACCGCUCCUAUUAUCUCCGAGGGGCCGGAGCCAUGCUCCAGCACGCCCUCGUCCAGUUCACCGUCAGCAAGCUGGUGAAACAGGGCUUCAUUCCGAUGGCUGUUCCCGACCUGCUGCGAGGAGCCGUGUUUGAAGGCUGUGGCAUGCAGCCCAACGCCGUCCCGUCCCCCGUGUACAACAUCGACCCGUCCCGCUUCGAGGACCUGUGCCUGGCUGGCACCUCCGAGGUCGGCAUCGCAGGCUACUUCAUGGAUCAUGCCGUGAAUUUGGAGGACAUGCCAGUCAGAACCGUGUGUUCCAGCACGUGCUACAGAACGGAGACAGACACCGGCAAGGAGCCCUGGGGCUUGUACAGAGUCCAUCAGUUCACCAAGCCUCUGACCCGCUGAGGGAACGGACCGCCAGCGCCUCCUCCCCGGGGCUGGAUCAGAACCGACACCCUCUGGGCCCACCACUCCCCACCA